AUGGAUAUUACUGUCCUUUUCCUCGAGUUUCUUGGCCUCUAUGGUGUCUGGGGUAGCUUUAAAGGGAUGGCCUAUAGUAUUAAACUCAAGGUUGAAUUCGAUAUGCUUAACCAGCUCAGAGAUGUUCUGAAACCCCCACAAAGCGGUACGGCUUACAAUAUUAGCCAUGGUGGUGGGCAGGAUGUAGAGCUUAAUAUUGUUGGAGAUAAACGACAGGGUACUGGAAUCUUCUCCGCUUUCUCCGCAAACGAUAAUCGCGCUGCUGAUAUUCCGGCUUCGAAUAAUGGUAUCCUUAAGACUACGGAGAUCGUCAUGCAAACCGACCAGGGAGAUUCAAAGCUCGAAGGACCGACCGUUUCGUCCAAUAAAACGAAAGCCUACGGCAAUUCCUAUUCGCCAACAUCGUCAAAGGUGGAGUUCGCUGUUGAAGGGGUAUAG